UUCUUCUCAAGAUUCAACCCUCUCUCUCUCUCUCUCUCUCUCGCUCGAUCACUCUCUCGGAUGCUAUGGCUUCUGCGAAGCUUCGAGUAGAAGAGCUGCGAGCUCAGCUUGCUCAGCGUGGACUUGACUCCGCCGGUACCAAGCCCGUUCUGGUCAAGAGACUUGAGGAAGCCAUACAGAAGGAAGAAGAAGAGAAGGAAUCAUUGAAAGAUGAUAACACUAGCAAUGCCACUGGUGGUGGUAGGAAAAGACGGAGAGACUCGUCUAAAGAUGAUCCUGAGCCUGGUGAUGCCAUUGAGAGGCUUCAAGAGAUGGGUGUGAGAGAACUUCGUGAGUUAGCUGCCAGUCGGGGCCUCCAGACAAAUGGAUUGAAGAGGGAACUCAUUGAUAGGCUUUCUACUGAUUUGCUUAAGGAUUCUGGAGAUGCAGUUGAAGCUAAAGAGGUGGAAGAGAGUAAGGAGAAAAUGGUCACUGCAACAAAGAAAGGGGGGGCCGUGCUUGAUCAGUGGCUCCCAGAUAAUAUCAAGUCGAGCUUUCAUGUGUUGCAACAUGGGGAGGAAAUCUAUGAUGCCAUUCUUAAUCAAACAAAUGUCGGAGAUAAUAAUAACAAGUUCUAUGUAAUUCAAGUUCUUGAAUCCGAUGACGGUGGCAAAUUCAUGGUUUACAAUAGAUGGGGCAGAGUUGGAAUUAAAGGUCAAGACAAGUUACUUGGCCCUUAUGACAGGGUUGAGGCGGCGAUUAAUGAAUUUCAAACGAAGUUCUUUGACAAGACAAAGAAUCAUUGGUCUGGUCGGAAGGCCUUUAUUUGUAAACCAAAGUGCUACACUUGGUUGGAAAUGGACUACAGUGAAACUGACAAAGCAACAGUUUCUGAAUGUGCUGAUUCAUCUGUUGGUAGUCAACUUCAAGAGACAAAACUUGACCAAUGUAUUGCAAAGUUCAUAUCCCUUAUUUGCAAUAUUAGCAUGAUGAAGCAGCAAAUGUUGGAGAUAGGAUACAAUGCUGAAAAAUUGCCGCUUGGUAAGCUAAGCAAAUCUACAAUUUUGAAGGGUUAUGAUGUAUUAAGGAGAAUCUCAGAGGUGAUGGGACAAUCUAACCGAAAUGAACUUGAAGAACUGAGUGGAGAGUUCUACACCGUCAUUCCGCAUGACUUUGGAUUUAAAAAGAUGCGAGAAUUUGUUAUUGACACCCCUUCCAAGUUAAAAGGCAAGCUUGAAAUGGUUGCAGCACUUGGUGAGAUUGAAGUUGCAACCAAGCUUUUGCAGGAUGACUGUAGGACGCAAGAGGAUCCUUUGUAUUAUCGUUAUCAGCAACUCCACUGUGAUCUAAAUCCAGUUGAAGCUGAUUCUGAGGAAUUUUUAAUGAUAAGGAAGUAUAUGCUGAAUACGCAUGCCAAAACACACUCAAAUUAUAAGGUUGAUAUCCAGCAAAUAUUUAAAGUUUCUAGGCAUGGUGAAGUCGAACGAUUCAGUAAGUUUUCAAAUACAAAAAAUCGGAUGCUGCUCUGGCAUGGUUCUAGACUCACAAAUUGGACUGGAAUUCUUUCACAAGGAUUGAGGAUUGCUCCACCAGAAGCGCCUGUCACAGGCUAUAUGUUUGGAAAGGGAGUUUAUUUUGCUGAUAUGUUCUCUAAGAGUGCAAAUUACUGCUGUGCAUCAAAUUCAUCUUCAUCCGGUGUUCUGCUUUUAUGUGAGGUUGCAUUAGGGGAAAUGUCUGAGCUACUUGUCGCUGACUAUAAUGCUAAUCAGUUACCACCAGGAAAACUAAGUACAAAAGGAGUCGGCACUACAGCACCAAACAUGUCGGAAUCUUAUUCACUUGAAGAUGUGAUCGUUCCUCUCGGGAAACCAAAGAAGCAAACUGACCACCAGGGUGGUUUGUUGUACAAUGAAUACAUUGUCUAUGAUGUCGAUCAAAUACGGAUGCGUUACGUAGUUCAUGUAAAUUUCAACUUCAAGAGAUAAUUGAUUUCGAUGAUUGUUCUGAAGUUUUGAAAGAAUUGGAAGAGUUUUAGUUCAUGUGAUCAUUACUGCAGCAUCACAUAGUUUAUCUGUAACAUCACAUGUGUUUACUCAUUGUAAAACUCUCAAAACUUAUCUCUUUAAUGAAAUUUGAAGUUUCUGCA